AUCUCAAUUGUAAUAUUCUUACACACGUCAGUCGUAUGCGGGCUGUGCUCCUCAAGUCUCUUCUCUCUCGUCAGUUAGUAAAAAAACGUGCCUUGUCCAUACCGAUCCUGGUUCCAGACAAAAAAGUACCUUCAGCCAGGCAGUAACUAUAGCUGUAACAUACAAUGGAGUCUCAUAACACUGAAGCUGAUGGCGUGACAGAUACCACAGAACUGCCUGACGAUGCCACUCCAAAUUUGGAGAAUGCAAUGUCCCAUGAUUCUGAGUAUGACGAUUUUUUGGGUGUUCCUGACUCAUUGAAUAUAACUGUUAAUGAAAACGGAGAACCCAUUAGCAUUGAAGAAGGAAAUGCAGAUACAUGUGACAGAGAGCUCAGGAAAGCAUUGCCAUUUUCCACUAUUUACAUUAACAAUGUCAAAUUUAACAACAGAAACAUCUUUAUUCCUGGUGAAGAUGUACAUGCAAAAAUAAUUGACAUUGAGCGUAGUAUUACAACUCACCCUCUAAAUCCUAAUCUGUACACGAUUCAGUUUACUCAUGGACCUUUCACGUGGACUAUAAAAAAGCGAUAUAAACACAUUCAGCAGUUGCACAAUCAAUUAAAAAUUUAUAGAGCAAGCUUAAACAUUCCGUUUCCCACCAAGAGUCAUCGAGAAAAAAGAAACAGCUUCAAAAGUAUGGCCUCUGAAAAUAAAUACAAUAAAGAAAAGAAAAGACGUAGAGGUGCAUUGCCAAGGUUUCCUAGUCGACCGGAAGUACUCGUGCCGCAUGAAUAUUUAAAUCACAGAAUGGCAGCUCUGGAAGAAUAUUUAGAUACAUUAUUAAAAAUCGAAAUUUAUAAACGCCAUCCAGAGACGGCAAACUUCCUGGAAGUCUCGCAUUUGUCGUUCGUUAGCGACCUCGGUGACAAAGGCAAGGAAGGUUUGGUGAAAAAGCGCACGGGUUCUCACGCGAAAACUGGUUGUUACGCAUGCGGUUUGCUCAAGUGCGUUUUUUGCAUUAGAUGCAGUCAUUAUUGCCCGCCUAUCUGUGGAAAAUGGCAUAAACGGCACAUCGUUGUGAAAGAUACCUUUGUGGCUUACAUUAGCCCCAAAGACGGCAGGAUAAAGUCGGUGAUUUUAAUGGACAACAGGUUCGAGGUCAGCUCGGGCAUGUACUCAACGGGAUUGAGGGAUGGCUUGCAAGUUGUGAAUCUUAGUCGACACAUAGUCAUCAAAUGUUGGACAAGGAGAAAAGCCAAAGAGUGGCUGGAGCACAUACAACAGCUGAUGCAGAACGAAGGUAGACAAUUUAUACAAACAAAUCCCCAUAAAUCAUUUGUUCCGUACAGAUGUCCCGUUCCCGCUUGUUGGUUUGUUGACGGCGCGAGUUACAUGACCGCCGUAGCCGAUGCUCUUGAAAGCGCUACCGAGGAAAUUUUCAUUGCCGAUUGGUGGCUCUCGCCAGAGAUUUAUAUGAAGAGACCGGCCAUCCAUGAUGAUUACUGGAGAUUAGAUAAUAUUCUGCAGAGAAAAGCCCUGUCAGGUGUCAAGGUCUUUGUGAUGAUCUACAAGGAGGUAGAGCUGGCAUUGGGGAUAAAUAGUUUUUAUAGCAAGCAGCGUUUAGUCGAAAAAUGCCAGGAAAAUAUUAAAGUAUUAAGACAUCCAGAUCACGCGAGAGUCGGUGUCCUUUUGUGGGCGCAUCACGAAAAGAUCGUAGUUGUUGACCAAAGUAUUGCUUUUCUCGGUGGUAUCGAUUUGUGCUAUGGACGAUGGGAUAAUCAUGAGCAUAGACUGACGGACAUAGGUUCCACGCAUUUAUCUUCCAUUUACAUACCUUCAAAGGGAAAAGUAGUUAGCACUAGUAGCAAACGUGGUACAAGGACUGGGGCAAACCAUGUACUUCUGCCCUUAGCAAUAGCUACAAACACUGUUGCAAUGGCAACUACCAAAUGCAUUCCAAUACUUCCGCUUGCUCACAGUCAAACUUUUUCGCCCACUCAAAAUAUCAAUGAUCCAAUGAUCAUGAAUCCACCAGAGGGUCUAGAAAAUUUGAAAUGUAAUACUCCAGAUUCUCACAGGAAAAAUUUAUUUGACAUGGCAAUGAACACAGUGGACAAAGUUAAACAGAAUGUUAAAUUGAAAAAGAGGGAGUGGAUCAAUAUGGUGUACAACCCACAUGAAGCAAGUAGUGACGAAGAGGACACCGUAGAUAACGCAAAAGCCUUGGCAGCGAUAGAAGUCGAGGAGAGUUUAUACCCCAGCUUGGAAGACUCUGACCAAGUUGACGAGGUGCCGAGCGCUGGGGCGAAACUCUGGCUGGGCAAGGACUACGUGAACUUUAUCGUCCAGGACUUCAACAACCUGGAAAGUCCAUACCAGGAUCUGGUCGACCGCAGUACCACCCCAAGAAUGCCGUGGCAUGACGUCGGCGUCAUGGUCCAGGGUGCGAGCGCUCGCGACGUAGCGAGACACUUUAUCCAAAGGUGGAACGCCAUCAAGACCGAGAAAGCCAAGUUAAACGCCACCUAUCCGUUUCUGUUGCCCAAAUCUUACAAGGACUGCGAAAAUUUUGUGCCUCGAUUCGAGAUUGGGGCCAUGAAAAGUGUCAAGUGCCAAGUGUUGAGAUCCGUGAGCUCUUGGUCGGCUGGAUUUUUGGAGCCUGAUACUGUCGAGCAGAGCAUACACGAAGCUUACAUUCAUGCCAUCACCAAAGCUGAGAGGUUUAUCUACAUAGAGAAUCAAUUUUUCAUCACUCUCUCAACUUUGGAUGGUUCAAUUGUUAAAAAUCGAAUUGGUGAGACAUUGUUAAAAAGGAUUUUAAGGGCGCAUCGAGAGGGCACGGUGUUUAGAGUUUUCGUUAUCAUGCCUCUGCUUCCGGGUUUUGAGGGUGAAGUCGGUGGACCAACAGGCGCGGCUCUACGAGCCAUAACGCAUUGGAAUUACGCCUCCAUAUCGAGAGGAAGACAUUCGAUUUACAAUCAGCUGAUGGAAGCGGGUAUCGAUGAUCCUAGUGAAUACAUAACAUUCCAUGGCUUGAGAGCGCAUUCGAUGCUCAAUGGGACGAUGGUUACCGAAUUAAUUUACGUACAUAGCAAACUGAUGAUUGUUGAUGAUAAAACUGUGAUAUGCGGCUCUGCCAACAUCAACGAUAGAAGUAUGAUUGCCACAAGAGAUAGUGAAAUAGCUGUUAUAAUUCACCAAUCAGUCGUGGGUACAAUAAUUAUUUUUAUCAUCAUCGUCAUAUUUCUUUGA